GAUCCCCACUAUAUAGUUUAAAAAGUACCAAAUCGAUCAAACGACGCGAGAAAAUGGCCAAAAAAAAUAAUAAUACUUAAUUAAAAAAAAGGAGCUAAGUACCUCCCUCACUCGCUCCGGCGCGAGAGCUAAUUAGAGAGAGAGAGAGGGAGCCACAUUGCCCUCUUCGAUCCCAUUCUCCGACAAAAAUGCCAAAAAAAAUCUCAUACGAGAUCGAAAAGAUCGUUCUAGAAGGUCGAUCCGAUCUUUUUUCUCCUUCAAAUUCGCUUUAACGGAGCUUUCGCGGCGAAAAAUGGCGAAGUGUACGCGUAGAUAGGCGAUGUGGUGAUCCAAGAGGCGGCGGAGGCGAUGAGGCGACGAUAGGAGCAAUGCGUGGUGGUUGAUGGCGCGAGAUCAGAUUCGGUAAGGGUUUUACCUACGCGGAUCCGAUUAUUAGGGCAAAAGAGUACUAAUCUCAAUCCGAUCUCGGAUUAAAUGCCAAAAUUUUGAGAGUAUUAGUACGGAUUUCGUUGUAUUAGAGCGUUGGAUCUCGAUCUCGGAGUGAGAGAGAUGUAUACUUGAGCUCCUUAAUUUGCAUGACGUAGAGGUGGUUGGUGAGAAAUUAGAUCGGUGGAUGCGAAAAACAACCCGAUGGUUUUGAGUAUUUAAAGCUGCGACUUUGGAAAUUUGCACUGGUUUAUUGUUGUGGGGGAUUGAAUCGAUGGAGUCGCGGAUGGAUCAGUAUGAGAUCAUGGAGCAGAUCGGCAGGGGAGCCUUCGGGGCUGCGAUUCUCGUGAAUCAUAAGCAGGAGAAAACGAAGUAUGUAUUAAAGAAGAUUCGACUUGCGAGGCAGACCGAACGCUGCAGAAGAUCUGCUCAUCAAGAGAUGGCUCUCAUUGCUCGGCUCCAGCACCCUUUCAUCGUCGAGUUCAAGGAAGCUUGGGUGGAGAAGGGCUGCUAUGUUUGCAUUGUCACUGGAUACUGUGAAGGCGGGGAUAUGGCUGAGCUGAUGAAGAGAUCAAAUGGAACGUACUUUCCUGAGGAGAAACUGUUGAAGUGGUUUGCUCAACUGUUGUUGGCUGUUGAGUACUUGCAUUCCAACUUUGUUUUGCAUCGAGAUCUUAAGUGCUCAAACAUAUUUCUGACCAAGGAUCAGGACGUUCGUCUUGGAGAUUUUGGGCUUGCUAAGACUUUAAAGGCAGAUGACUUAGCUUCCUCUGUUGUUGGAACUCCAAAUUACAUGUGUCCGGAGCUGCUUGCAGAUAUUCCCUAUGGAUUCAAGUCAGACAUUUGGUCUCUUGGAUGCUGUGUGUAUGAGAUGGCAGCUCAUCGGCCUGCUUUCAAAGCUUUUGAUAUGGCUGGAUUAAUAAGUAAGAUAAAUCGAUCUUCCAUUGGUCCUUUACCUGCGUGCUAUUCUUCCUCCUUGAAAACACUUAUCAAAAGCAUGUUGAGAAAGAACCCAGAGCAUCGGCCGAAUGCAUCUGAAAUAUUAAGACAUCCAUAUCUGCAACCUUAUGUGAAUCAAAACCGUCCGUUCCCUGACCCAUCACAUGGAAAGCCAUCGCCAGAGAAGUCCAUCCCCACUUCAAACAGUAGUCAGAUAAGCAUGUCCGAAAGUCAAAGCAGCAGCAUCUCCAGCAGUGACAAGGACAGCAUACAUUCUAGUGAGAGAAGCACAUCAGCUCUACCACCGAGUUCUGAUCACAAGUCAGUUGAGUCAAAAAGUGUUUUGACUAAUCAUGGAGUUCAGAAAGACACCACAAGUUCCAAACUAGAGAGACAAGAUUCAGCGAAAUGCAUACAUGUUGAUCAGCAACCAAAGACUGUUAAGAACAUAUUAAUGGCUUUUAAAGAGGAGAGCAAACCUAGAGAAAGCAGCUCACCUGCGAGAGCUAGUCGUCUAAAGAUGGGUGGUGCUCCUGGCAAUAAGAAUGUUCCGGAACCUUACCCUAAGGGCUCCAAACCCAUUAGUGCUACUUCCUCUAGUUCAAAGUCUAAUGAGGUGCUACCAGAUGAACCUGUCAAGACCAACUUUGACUUGGCCAAACAAGCGCAGGCAUGUAAUCCUGGAAAGCAUCUGUUACCUAUUAUUGACACUUCUCCGAAAGUCAAGCCUAAAUAUGAUAUGGUAUCACCAACUGAACCUAUCAAACAUGUUGUGGCUGAUGGUAUCUCUGCUAAGACAAAGCAAAGACCUCCACCUUCUAGUAUUCAUAAAAGGCCGGCUAUUUCUGCCCAUAGACCAGCUGGUGCAGACAGCCCAAGCCCUCCAAAUACAGCAAUUACAAAACCAGUUCCCAUCAAGACGACUUCUGAGCGUGAGAAGAGUCCAUUCCCCCGUAGCCCCAACAACAUCAUCAGCCAAUCCCCAGAGCCUGAAAAGCCUUCUUUAACCCCUUCGGGAGUAAAACAUGCUGAAACAAGCAAUUCAGCUGUAAAACCUCUUCCUAUCAAGGAAUCUCUGCCUAUUGUGGCCAAGGAACAUAUGGGCAAGUCCGAGCAUACCAAUGAAGUUGGGCUUUCUGAGAUUUCAUCGUGCUCGUGUUCCCAGCCCCGGUCUCCUUCUGUAGAAGAGCGUGAUAUUAGACCUUCAUCCAGUCCAGAACCCAUUGCAGAGGUUCUUCAAAAGAGCACUAAUAGUAACGAUGAAAUGAGCUUGAGCUCCCUUCUAGAACCAUCAUUCCCGAACUCUGAUCAAGAAUUUGUUUGUAAAGAUGAUUUACCACUCAGUAAGCCGGAGCAGAACACCAUUGCUAUGCAAAGUGGUGGUGACGACAAGUUCACCGUUAGAGAAUUGCUCUCGUCCAUCACUGAUGUCGUCCCCUUUGUAGCAGCUGCUACGAAAAACACAGCAAUGGAGAAAGGAUCAAUCCCUAAUCAGGCAUUGGAGAAAACAGUGGCUCCUCAUCUAACCCCGGCUUUCGACGAUGUCAUACACGUCAUACGCCACAGCAGCUUCCGCGUUGGUAGCGAGCAGCAAACGGCUGUAGAGAGUGUCGAAAUGGGCGUCGCCAACAUGGAUGUGGGUAAGCUAUUGAAUGUGGUAAGAGAAGAUGUGGAUGUUAGAAGCAUUUCACCAAGUCUAAGACCCCCCACCAAUAUCAUCAAAGAAAAGCCAAACAGCUCAGAAAAUGUUAAUAAAUCAAACACAGUGGAAGUUAGGCCAAAUUCUUCUUCGGAGGCGAGUGGUGGACCGAAGGAAGAGGAAACUCCAGCUAAAGAAACUUUGGAUGUGAAAUCAUUUAGACAGAGAGCUGAGGCACUUGAGGGGUUGUUAGAGCUCUCUGCGGAACUGCUACAGCACAAUAGGCUUGAAGAGCUCGCCGUUGUUUUGAAGCCAUUCGGGAAGGAUAAGGUCUCUCCGAGAGAAACCGCAAUAUGGUUGGCGAAGAGCUUCAAAGGGAUGAUGAAUGAGGAAGCCGGCCGCGCUAUGUGAGAGUCCCUUUUUGCAGUUGUUUUAUUUACCCUCAUUCAUCUCUAAGAGAUUGUUACAGAUGCAUUAUUGCUUGUUGUGGAUCUGUGUCCUCCUUGUUUACCCUCCAGUUUCUUUUUUCUUUUCCUUCUAUUUCUCUUUUUCUUUGUAUUCUUUGCAGAGUAUGAUGUAAAUAGUCAGAUCUGUGAACAAAAUAAAGACUUGUUGAAACGGAUGGUGGAAGAAUUUACAUUAUCCACUUUAUGCGGGACGAGUAAGAUUAAUAUGAGUUAUAUAUGGUAUGUUUUUAUGAUA